GCCCCAACAACGUGCUACUCUUCUGGCGGUUAUCGUUAUUCCCUUGUCUGAACGCUAAAGAGUGCUUAAGUUGUGGAAAUAAUGGAGAACGACGAAGGAAAGUUUGUAGAUCUUUAUGUUCCUCGUAAAUGCUCCGCUACAGGUCGACUCAUUGGCGCCAAAGAUCAUGGAUCCAUUCAGCUUAAUGUUGGAGAAGUUGAUGCUCUUGGACAUUACCAUGGGAAAUAUUCAACUUUUGCAAUUUGCGGUUAUUUAAGAAAACGCGGUGAAAGCGAUUCAUGUUUAAAUCGUUUAUUUCACGAACGUGGCUUAUUGAGUUUUUCACAGUAAUUUUUUUUUUGUAUUAAACACAUUUGUACUACGUAAUUAUUAAUAUGUCAACAAGAAAUAAUGAAAGUACACUAAGCUGC